AUGGCUCCCAACAUGUCCAAGCGGAGCGCCGCCAAGGACGACGAUUUCGUUCUUACGCUGUCCGACGACGAAGAUAUUUCCCGAUUCGAGGAUGAUAACGACAGUGCCGACGAGGCCGCGCCAUCGGCCGAUACCAAGAAGCGCAAGCGCGAGGUCGAAGCCCCCAAGAGCAAGAACAAGAAGCAAAAGCAACAGACCAAGAAUGUGAAAGGCAAGAAGGGCAAGGCGGAACCUGUCGUCGAAGAUGAGUCUGGGGAGGAAGAAGAGGACGACGAGGAGGAGUAUGCGGCCGAGGACGAUGGCAUGCUGAACCCGGACUUCGAGUUUGACGUUGGUGGUCUUGCAAACCAGGGUGUGACCGAGGGCUUCGACGGCUGGGGCUUGGAUGAGAGCAAGCAGAAUAGCAAAGGCGGGGAUAAGAAAGCCGUCGACAUUGACGAUAUUAUCUCGCGGAGAAAGGCCAAGCAAGAGGCCGCGGCGAAGAAGAAGCAAAAGAAGGCCGACGCCCAGAAGGAGGAGGAGAGCGCAUCUGACGAGGACAACGCUGAAUCCGAUGGCGGCAUGGAGGUCGACUUCGACGAUGAUGAGCUCGUCGCUGACGAUGCUUUUGGCAUGGGCGCUGACGGCGAGGACGAAAGCGAGGCUGAAGGCCCUGAAGUCGGUUCUGGCCCCGAUGACAGCGAGGAAGAGGAGGACGACCAAGACGACGAGGACGACGAUGCUGCGUCCGACAAUGACUCCGUGGCUACCCCUGUCGGCCACCCCGACGACAUUGGCUCCGACCAGGAGGACCAAUCUGAUGCUGAGAGUGAGGUAGAUGCGGAGGAAGCUGAGAAGCGGAAGGCCUUCUUUGCCCCCGAGGAGAAGACCGACGAUAAAGCUGCGGCCGUGAAAAGUACAUUCCAAGACUUCAACCUUUCUCGUCCAAUUCUUCGCGGAUUGGCCUCUGUGGGCUUUUCCGACCCAACUCCUAUUCAGCGGAAGACCAUUCCAGUGGCACUUCUCGGUAAAGAUAUCGUUGGUAGCGCCGUGACAGGUUCCGGAAAGACAGGUGCCUUCGUCGUUCCCAUUCUCGAACGUCUCCUCUUCCGUCCUCGCAAGGUGCCCACCAGCCGUGUUGCCAUUCUUAUGCCUACUCGUGAAUUGGCGGUACAAUGUUACAAUGUCGCCGUCAAGCUGGCCACCUUCACCGAUAUCACAUUCUGUCAGCUUGUCGGUGGUUUCAGCCUCCGCGAGCAGGAAAACGUGCUCAAGAAGCGACCGGAUGUGAUCAUCGCCACCCCCGGUCGUUUCAUUGAUCACAUGCGCAACUCGCCGAGCUUCACCGUGGAUACCCUGGAGAUCCUGGUUCUUGAUGAAGCCGAUCGAAUGCUGGAGGAUGGAUUCGCGGACGAGCUGAACGAGAUUUUGACUACGAUUCCCAAGUCCCGGCAAACGAUGCUGUUCUCUGCCACCAUGACCGACACUGUGGACAAGCUUAUCCGCGUUGGUCUCAAUCGCCCCGUUCGAUUGAUGGUGGAUUCAAAGAAGCAGACCGCCGUGACGCUGACCCAGGAGUUCGUCCGUCUGCGCCCUGGUCGCGAAGACAAGCGCCUGGGAUACCUCCUACACCUAUGCAAGGAGCUUUAUACCAAGCGCGUGAUUAUCUUCUUCCGACAGAAGAAGGAAGCGCAUCGGGUCCGCAUCAUCUUCGGGCUGUUGGGCUUGAAGGCGGCCGAAUUGCACGGUAGCAUGAGUCAAGAGCAGCGUAUCAAAAGCGUUGAGAACUUCCGAGACGGUAAUGUGGCGUUCCUGCUGGCCACCGACCUGGCGUCGCGUGGUCUGGAUAUUAAGGGCGUGGAGACCGUCAUCAACUACGAAGCCCCACAGAGCCACGAGAUCUAUCUACAUCGUGUCGGUCGUACGGCGCGUGCUGGUCGCUCGGGUUGUGCCUGCACCAUUGCCGCCGAGCCCGACCGGAAAGUGGUCAAAGCUGCCGUCAAGGCCGGUAAGGCGCAGGGGGCAAAGAUUGUCAGCCGGGUGGUAGAAAUCGCGAUCGCCGACGAUUGGGCACAAAAGGCCGAGGAUAUGGCGGACGAGAUUGAGGAGAUUCUAGAGGAGGAGAAGAUGGAGAAGCAGAUGGCGCAGGCGGAGAUGCAGGUCAACAAGAGUGAAAACCUGAUGAAACACGGCGCCGAGAUUAUGGCGCGGCCGAAACGCACCUGGUUUGAGACAGAGCAGCAGAAGCGGGCGGCGCGCAAGCUGGGAGCCAGCGAGUUGAACGGGGCUGACAGCAAGAAGAAAGAUAAAGUCAAGCUCAGCAACAAGGAUAAGAAGCGAUUGGAUGAUGCGAAGUCGAGACACGAGGGGAAUAUCGGGUGGAAAAAGGGAAGGUCGGAGCGCGAUGCUCCGAAGCCGAAGAAGGGGAAGAAGGGGAAGAAAUAA